AUGUGUUUGACUGAAACUUACCCGAGUCAGUCAGCGGCUCCCAGGCCCCGGCCGCCCGUUACCAGGCAACGCCACAACAACCCACCGCGUACACACGUCAUCACUCCAGGAAGCAGCGACGGCAUCUGCCACGUGACUCACGGAGUUGAAGUACGAAAAGUUUUGAAGAAAGUGGUUCUAACAUCAAUUAUUGCAUGUCUAGGACCAGAAGAGGAUGUGAUUGUCCAUGAACUUGCUACUCUCUGCCUAGCUUCCAUUUCUGUUGACUACACCAGCAAAGUGGAAAUUUUUGAGCAUGGUGGACUCGAACCACUCAUCCGCCUUCUGUCAAGCUCUGAUCCUGAUGUCUUAAAGAAUUCUGUUGAAUCUAUUUCAAAUUUAGUUAAGGACUUUCAGAAUCGAGCUGCUAUUUGCGAAUUGAAUGGCGUUCCUCCAAUUCUGGAAUUACUGAAAUCUGAAUAUCCUGUUAUACAGCAGUUAGCCCUGCAAACCCUAACACCCAUUGUCAUUGAUCCAGAUUGCAGAAUUCAGUUGCGUCAGAAUAAAGGUCUUGAAAGCAUCUUGCAAGUUCUUGAAACACCGGAUUUUACUGACCUUCAUGUAGAAGCACUGACUGUACUAGCAAACUGUCUGGAAGAUGUAGAAACUAUGCAGGUUAUCCGCGAAACAGGAGGCCUAGAAAAGUUUCUGACAUUCGUAACUACAUCCACUCUGCCAGAGGCACAGAAGCGGGCGGCCAAAGCCAUUACAGCAUCUGCACGUAACUGUGAGAACAGAAAAUUUUUCCAUGAGCAAGGUGUAGAAAAAGCACUGGUAAAUCUUUUGGGAGUCAACAAUGAUGGAAUCAAAAUAGCUGCUUGCCAAGCUGUGUCUGUUAUGUGUGAACUUAGUAGUAGCAAAGAGGCUUUCAAAAAAGAACUUGGCAUUCCUCAACUGGUUCGGUUGCUGGUCAGUGACAAUGAGGACGUUAAAGAAGCUGCAGCUCUAGCUCUAGCAAAUCUAACAACCGCUAAUCCCACCAAUGCUACUGCAGUUUUUGAAGCUGACGGUGUGGAGCCAUUGGUCAAACUUCUGACUGAAUCAGGAGAUGGAGCUGUUGCCAAUGCUGCUACCGUUCUCACUAAUAUGGCCCUUCAAGAAUCUUCACGCAGUAGUAUCCAAUAUUAUGGAGCUAUGACUGCCAUUGUGGAACCAUUGAAGUCCACCAACACAGUGGUGCAGAGUAAGGCUGCACAAGUCGUGGCUGCAUUAGCUUGUGAUGCAGAUGCAAGAACUCAGGUGGGAAUUCGUUCAAAACUAGUGAUUAGGAUCCUGUUCUGUGGAAAUUGA